AUGGCCAUUCCACGCCAUGCUUUCAUGUUGUGGCUGGUUUUUAAGAACUCUCUUAUCACCAAGGAAAGAAUGUGUUACUGGGGAUAUGGUGGGGAUCCGUUAUGCCGGUUCUGCUGUGGUAUUCAGGAAUGCAUUGAGCACCUCUACUUCCAGUGCAGCUUUAGCAGGAGAUUAUGGAGGAAUAUUAUGCUUUCUUGUUCGAUUACUGAUCCUUAUGUGGAGUGGACAGAAGUUGUAGAAUGUAGUGUUGCUAAGUUGAAAGGAAGGAGCCUGCAAACUACGCUAUGUAAACUUUGUUUUGCUUCUUCGGUUUACCAUCUUUGGAGGCAACGAAAUGACUUGUGUCAUGGGAAUACUCCUAGAACUGAGGAGUGUAUUGAAGCUCAGAUUAAAUGUGAAGUUAGAGCAAGGAUUCUGUUCAAGUGA